AGUGGAGUAGAUAGUUCAGUUCCGUUGUGUCAUGGAUUUUAUUUUCAGCGAUAAUUAUAAGAAAUGUGUGUACCAAUGAACUGUCAAUUGCGCCGUGCUAUACUGUAGCGCACUCUUAAUCACACGCUCAGCUCUUAUCUAAUCUAUUCAUCAGGGCCUAUAUGCGCACUUUGAGGGUGUAUAUGCAGCUGGUUGCAGCCUGUACGCCCACACACGUUGCACAUGUAUGCCACGAAUUGUCACGGCACGUCACGUCGGGCCAUGAGGGGCUGCGGCGUUAGCGGGAACAGUUGAAGGCAAUGACAAACAAUUGUCGUCGGAAUACGUGGGGUGUUUUCUGUGACACGUCAUGCAAAAUCUAUAGUACAAUUUCUGCAUACCAAAAGUGCAAACGUAAUUUUUAGUCAUGCCGCUCCUCCUCAGAAUAGCAAUUAUUUGAAGUGAAGGAAGAAGCCGGACAUCAUGGGGUUAAGUGACUAUAAAGAAGCUGUAGGAACCUGUGCUUCACUAUGUACAAUACUCCAGUUACUUGUUCCCAUAUUUAUGUGCCGAAAGUUUAUGAUUGAUGGCACAACAGGAGAAACAUCUUCGUUGCCGUUCGUUGUGGGAUUUUUGUCGUCAAGUUUGUGGUUAAAAUAUGGGUUAAUGCAAGGGGAGCCAUCACUGAUCAUUGUGAAUAGUGUUGGUGCGAUUAUGCAAUUAUGUUACAUUGCAGUAUUUUACCUGUAUUGUCCAAGAAAGAUGGUUGUCAUCCAACAGUUACUUGGAGUUGCCUUAAUUCAAGCUCUUACAAUUUUGUACACAAUCAUUGAAUCAGAUCAAGAAGUGGCCAUAAAGAGAGUGGGAAUGUUAUGUUGUUUCAUGACCAUUGCAUUUUUUGCUGCUCCUCUCACACAACUGGCACAUAUUAUUCAGACUGGGAGUUCAGAAAGUCUUCCAUUCCCCCUUACUUUAGCAACAUUCACCUCAUCUUUACUGUGGCUUAUAUAUGGAUUUAUAAUUGAUGAUCCAAAUGUAAAGUUACCGAACAUCAUAGGGACAACGCUUUCUGCCCUUCAGCUUUCACUUUUUGUCAUCUUCCCUGCUCCAAGACGAAGUCCAGAUAAUCGGACCCAGGUGGUCCAUGUAGAAUAACAUUUCCAUAAAUAACUAUGAAAAUUCUGAUAUUGCAGUAUGAUAAAAAUGGAUUUGUAAAUGCGACUUAGUGAAUUUGUGAGACUGAUUGUGUUGACCAGAAAUGUUUUGUUUGGAGAUUGUUGUGAAAUGUAUGAAUAUAUGCAUAUUUUGUGUAUCUCCUAUGGAGACAACUGUUGAUAUUUAUGACCAAUAGUAAAAUAUUGUUUUUACAUAAAGAGCAGUAUUGUAAUAUGUAAUAAAUGGAAAACAUUUAAUGAAUUUCUGUAUAUAGUUUAAUUUAGUAUUUUUAAUUAUAGGGCAUUUAUUAGGAUAACUGGCGAUUCCAUUUUCCCUUCCACCCC